AUGACCGUUCUCACAAACGUCGCGCUCGUUCGUCUCCGCAAGAGCUGGCCUGUUCCUGUUGUUUGGAGUUUUCAAUGGGAUGAAGACGAUCUGGGAUCCUUACUCGCCAAGGUUCGACGCCGAACGACUCUGCCAGCAUUGAAAGGCUUCAAGUGGCCAUCGAAUGAGACGCUGUAUGUUAAACCAACACACAACACCCCCCAGCAGUACUUCUUGAGGUUGGAUCCAGAGGACUGCGAGAACAAACUCAAGCGUGCAUGGACGACUGAAGCUAGGCGAUUGAAUGACCCCGAUCAAGUAACUGUCGAUGUCUUCGCCUAUCUUACGACUGACCAGGCUCAAACUCAAGCCGCCGCUACUGGAAGGCAAGAUCAGAUCAGAAGGUCGUCCAAACGCGGAAUUCUCGAAGCCGAACGGCUUAUUGGGAGUGCGAUCGAUCAAGGAGUUAUUCCUCCACUGGGCCAGAUGACAACGUCGCAUUUGGCAAGGCAUCUGGCCAAGAGGGUUCAGCCGACAACAGCUGCUGAUCUACAAUUGCCUCAGACAGCGACAUUUCGCCAAUUUCAACAUCUGGAUAACGAAGCAGAAGCCUUCCACCAACGCAGUGCAGCACAGAACAAGGAACGACAAAACGACUCCUUCCUUCUUGACUGCAAAAUUAGCUUUAAAAAGUCGCAGUUACGACAAGCACUUGGUAUACCUAACAUCGAUUUAAGCGGGAUCGUCAACUUCGACACUGGCGAUAUUGCCAAUCCAGAGUUUGAUAUGAGAGAUGUUGACCACGAAGACGACGACUAG